AUGGCAACAUCAUCAGAACAGCUCUGCCAGGGACUCAACUGCUCGAAGCCCGCCGCUCUCCAGUGCCCUACUUGCCUCAAGCUCGGCAUUCCCAACUCCUUCUUCUGCUCACAGUCAUGCUUCAAGGACAACUGGGGUACCCACAAGGCUAUUCACAAGAUUGCCGCCAUGGCCAAUGGCCCCGCUGGUGAGCAAGGUGGAUCUGACCCAUGGCCUGGUUACAAGUACUCUGGAACCUUGAGACCCGUUUACCCCUUGUCGCCUCGCCGCGCUGUUCCCGAUCACAUCCAGAAGCCCGACUACGCCGAGACUGGCAUUCCCCUGUCGGAGCAAAACAUCCGCAGCUCAUCCGUCAUUGAGGCUCUCCCUAAGGAGGAUAUCGACAUCUUGCGCAAAGUCUGCAAGAUCGCUCGUGAGGUUAUUGACAUUGGAGUGGCUGCUGUCAAGGUCGGUGUCACCACGGACGAGAUUGAUCGCAUUAUUCACGAGGCAACAAUUGAGCGCGGCGGAUACCCAUCUCCUUUGAACUACAACGGAUUCAAGAAGUCUUGUUGCACAUCGGUCAAUGAGGUCAUUUGCCACGGAAUCCCUGAUAUGCGCCCCCUCAAGGAUGGAGAUAUUGUUAACUUGGAUGUCACUGUCUACAAGGAUGGCUUCCACUCUGAUUUGAAUGAAACUGUCCCCGUCGGCAACGUCGAUGCCAACGGCUUGCGCCUCAUCAAGAACGCUAGAGAGUGCAUGGAGAAGGCCAUCGCCAUGGUCAAGCCCGGUGCUUUGUACAGAGAUUUGGGUAACGUUAUUGAGAAGCACGCCAAGACCGAAGGAUUCCAGGUCGUCAAGACAUACUGCGGCCACGGCGUCCACAGACUUUUCCAUUGCGCUCCUAACAUUCCUCACUAUGCCCGUAACAAGGCCAUUGGUGUCAUGAAGGUCGGACACGUUUUCACAAUCGAGCCCAUGAUCAACGAGGGAACCUGGAAGGACGAGAUGUGGCCCGAUAGCUGGACUGCCGUCACUCUGGACGGAAAGCGCUCGGCCCAGUUUGAACAGACCAUGGUCGUCACCGAGACUGGUGUCGAAAUUCUUACCGCCCGCUAA